AAGGACAUAAAUGUAAUUUGUAUGCAGCAUUGCAUGACCGCACAAUUGUCAGUUAAAAUGCUUGUAUGAGACAGCACAUACAAGCACCUUGGCUGGAUGAGAGAGAUGUAUCAGUGGGGAUGAGUGUGCUGGGAUGGGAAGCUAUGCCUCAUCUCUGCUUCCCUGCAUCACUCCUCAUCAGGGGAGGACUGACCAUUUGGAAACUCUGGCACUUCCCGAGGGCCCAGGGUCAGUAGGGGGCCCCAUGAGAUGCCCCUGGUACUUUUUUCAUAGGCUUUUUUGAGUUUGGGCAAGGACACGGGGCCCCAUGAUCCCCUAUUGCCCGGGGGCCCCAUGA